CAUACACUCUCUUCGAAGCAGCAUUCCCAAGGACCAAAUCAUAAACCACUCAUGACCUAAUCACCACAUCUUUUUUUGCCCUCAUCACUACCCCUCAGGCUCCAAGGCUCCAAGCCUCUUCUUUUUUUUUUCUCCCCUCCUCCUCUUCCUCCUCCUCACUCCUUUUUACCACUACCACUUUGCACAAAUCCACUACCCCACCACUCCCUUUCUCUUUCUCAGUGACUGUUCCACUGUCCUGCCUUUUGCCAUCUCUCCACAUCUCCUUUUCCCUCUCUCUCUUCAUGUCCUCUUCUUUCCUCUUCUCUUGUUGAUCACACCAGAACCACCACUGCUAUAACUCUCCUCUUCCUCUUCCACCACCACCAACACCACAAUAUAUGGUCCUCUACUAUCUUAAUUCUAGAAGUGUAUGAUCAGUUUGAUCCAAGAAGUGGUAGAGAGUAGUUGGUGUUGUAUUCUCUUCCAUUGAUCAUUGAGCUAAGCUAUAGCUGUAGCAGCAGCAGCAGCGACAACCUCCCAUAGCUUUGAUCUUGCAAUGCUGCAAAGGAACCUGCCGAAUCUCUCCCUCCGGAUAAGCCCUCCGGCCGUCUCGUCGGCGGCGGCGCCGGUAUCCUCCGGAACACCGACGACGGCGGCGAGGACGACUCUGCCGACCGGAGUGAUUACAGACGCAGAAGGAGGAGGCGAAGUAGCAGCGUUCUUUGGAAACCCUAGCUCCGGCAGCGAGCCCCCCGGUCUGAGCCUGGGGCUCGGGCCGACGACGCCGGCGCACGCGGACGCCGGCGGCGGCCGCCAUGGCGACCACCACCUGCAGCCGCAGGGGUGCGCGCCGUUCAAGCGCGCGGCGGCCAGGGCGUCCCAGCUGCCGGCGGGCUCGAAGCGGAGCGUCCGCGCGCCGCGGAUGCGAUGGACCACCGCGCUCCACGCCCGCUUCGUGCACGCCGUCGAGCUCCUCGGCGGCCACGAGAGAGCGACGCCGAAGUCGGUGCUGGAGCUGAUGAACGUGAAGGAUCUGACACUGGCGCAUGUCAAGAGUCACCUCCAGAUGUAUAGGACAGUGAAGAGCACAGACAGAUCAUCCCACAUUGCCUCAGGAGAGGCGCAGCUGCAGCAGCAGGCAGGAAUGGAGGUGGCCAUGGAGGCGGCAGCUGGAGGAGGAGGAAAUGGUGGUGGUGGUGGUGGUGGGGUGGUGCUACCGAUGAUGCCGGCAUGUGACGACAUGGUUGGGAUCUGUAGCUCCCCUGCGCCGCCUGCCGCAGCGACUAGUUCCGCUGCUGCCUACUUCCUCUGCGCGACGACGACGUCAACAGCAACUGCUCCACUGGCAGUAGUGCCAUCGCCUCCUGCUCCAACCAUUCCCACAAGGAGGACUGACCAAACGCCAGCGCUGGAAAAGGGUGUCGCGAUUGUUGACUCGUUGCACCGGUGUCAGAAGCAUAACUACUCACCAGUGCUUCAAGAUGCUCUUCAUCAGGGAGCUGAAGAAGAUCAUCUUAUUACCGGGAACCUACCAAUGGGAGGAGCAUCAGCACAAGCGAGCAUUGAGGCCAUGGCGACUACCAACUCUUCAAGCCCUGCAAGCUCAUCUCCAUCACUUGCAAGCCUGGAGCAGCUGCUACCUGAAGACUCGUUUGCGCCCAACCUGGAGAUCUCCCUCGGGAGACAUAACUGGAACAUGGACCAUCCUGAAGAACUCAGCCUGAAAUACCUGUGAAAAAAGCCAAAAAAAAAAAGAGGUUUUUCUCUCCUCUGGGUUUCACUCCACUAACCAUUGAUGAUUGCUCGAUCAGAUCGUUGUGAUGAUGACUGAAAAAUAUAUUCAGUAACCGCAUCCAUC